AAAAAAAUAAAAUAAAAUAAAAUAAAGAAAGAAAGGAAAAAGACACCAUGGGAAACUCCUCCGCCUCCCGUUUCCCCUCGGAACAAUCCCGCCCCUCUUCCCCCUCCGCCCUGGAAACCUCCACCUUGACCCCUCGCUCGCCCUCCACAACCGUCACAACCGCCCCCUCCUCCCCGACCCACCAACACCCCUCCACAGCGCUCCUUUUAGAUGACAUCUUCGGCUCCUCCCCUCCGAACCAACAUCAACAUUCCUUAGAAAGCAACAACGACAACAACAACAGCAACAAUAAUAAUAAUAUUGCCCCUCAACCCCACCAACGGGACCUCGCCCGCGAACCCUCCGACCUCCCCUUCCUGCGCCGCCAACACGUCACAGCCGGCUACCGCGAUGGCAUCUCCGUGGCCAAAGGCGAGCAUGUUCAGCGCGGCUUUGAUGGGGGAUUCCCUGUUGGUGCGGAGUUGGGGUUGCGCGUUGGGACUGUGUUGGGGGUUUUGGAGGGGUUGGUGGCCACUGCUGCUGUAGCUGCUCGCCGUGCUGGUGGUGGCCGUGGUGACGGGGAUGCUAAGGGGAGUGGAACAUGGCGGGGUGCAGGAGACGAUAUUGCGGCCAUGUUUGAGGCGGCGAAGAAGGAGUUAAGUGUGCAGAAUGUGUUUGGGGCUGCUGCGGAGGAUGUUGGUGGGGAAGGGGUAGCGGAGCAGACGGGAAAUGGUAAUGGUGGUGAUGGUGAUGGUGGUGGUGGGAGGCGCGAGUGGGUAGACCCCUGUGUGAGGCUGGCGAAGGCUGGGGAUGAGGUUGUGACGAGGUGGGAAGGGAGGGUUAGGGAGUUGUUGGCCGCGACCAGAUGAACAGGGUUGUACCUACCGUUGAUAUAUGUGUGUGUGUGACUUGGGCUCUGUGCCCUGCAGCUCCUGUCCGGAGAAGCGUCCUGUGGCAUCGUGUUGGUUGGGGAGCUGUGCAGUGCGUAUUGCGGGGGACACUGGACGGCAGGGGAGAACUAUAGCGUCAGGACGCAGACGGGCGUUGCUCGCAGCCUGCUGGCGAUAUACAUGUCGUCUAACGAUCGUUCUCGGGACCGGCGCCUUUUCACUUCUCUAUGACCUCACCACCGCUUCUCUAUUAUACAUUCUUAAGGACGAGGAAGCUCAGGAUGCUAAUUUCCGGCUGCGGGUGACGUGAUAUGAAUCAUGAGCUUUGUUUGGAACUGUGUGAACACACUCUACUCGAGAUAGAUAUCAAGAUAGCGUUUUAGUGCAUGACACUUAAUUCAAGCUCCCAUGAGCCAAUUUAUGUCCUCUCAAUAUUAGGCAGAGAUAAGAUAGGAAAAAUAGAUGAAUAGGCAUUGAACCACACGUAGAUAUCGGGGAUAUGGUUAUUAUGAUUAUGAUUAUUAUUCGAACCACUUCCCUCCGCUUCGCCCCAGGCCGUGUCAAGUAUAAGCACACAUGCUGGCAAUCGUCGUAAAACUGACUAUACUCCCAUAUGCAGUUUCGCAACGUUGGCCGUAUUUAAUAGUAAAUAACCGCCCAACACGUGAAUGAAGAAGGGAAGACAAGAAAUGUUCUGUUCCUGAACUUCACUGACGUGGUUUUCUACGAAGUGGUCUGGCGUAGAAUAAGCAGGUUGGAUUUCAAAUUGAUACUGGGGAAUUCUUUUGGGAUCGCAUGGAGGAUAUUUAUGAUUCAUGUUUGUUGGAACGGGUUGUUGAGCACCCAUCGAUAUGUAAGGUAGGAGUUUGCUCGACAGGAUCACUGAAUUAGAAUGGCAGGCUUCUGAGAGCCUGAUAACGAGCGUCUUUUGGGCAAUCACGGACAAG